AUGCCCCCGUCGCGUAAGCAGCAAGCGUCUGGUCCGACAUCGGCGAAGCCAGCAAAGAACACGAGCAAGAAACAGAAGGCGAAGGACGAUGACAGGCCGAAUAUUGCGAAGGUGGUACUGGGAGAGCAGGUGAUGGUUCCUCUGUAUAAAUCGCCGUACCCGGUGGAUCUGGUGGGCGAGAAGCCGGAGAUGUUGUAUGUGUGCGAGUUUUGCUUCAAGUACACGACGGAUGUAUCAAAGUAUCUGGGACACCGGAAAUUCUGUGAAAUUGGGCACGGGGUGGUGCUUCCGGGCACUUUCGAAGAGCAAAUAGAUAGAGAGCAUUCAAUCUACAGAGUUGAUGCUGAGACGGACGGUCUCUUUUGCUCAAAUAUGUGUCUGUUCGCCAAGCUCUUCAUGCACGAUAAAUCCAUAUAUUUCGACCUCAAGGGAUUCAUCUUCUACACGGUCGUUAAAAGUAUAGAUGAGGGGAUAUCGGCCGUGCCUGGAGUGCCCGUGAGGGAACCUCUCCGGCGUGUGGUGGGGUUCUUCUCGAAAGAGAAGAUGUCAUGGGACGACUUCAACCUUGCCUGUAUCCUCGUUUUCGAGCCCUUUAUGAGGUCUGGUCUUGGGACAAAAAUGAUUGAGUAUUCUUACCGCCUUUCGAAGCGGGAGGGAAAGCCGGGGUCGCCCGAGAAACCAAUGUCAGAUCUUGGGAAGUUGACAUACCACAGAUACUGGCGCCGGGUGAUCUCUGGGGUGCUUCUCAAUCCUGACCCAAAGCGAGCUACAACUACUCAAAAAGAGAUUUCCAUCGCAGACAUCUCGAAAAUCACCAUGAUCACCCCCGAGGACAUCCUCGAGAUCCUUGGCCAGAUGGAGGCCGUGGUGAAGAGGCCCGCGGACGGCCAGAUCAUCAUAUCAAUUAGCCGGGUCGAGGCCUUCAUCAAGAAGGAAAAGGUCGCCCCCGCAAAGUGGACCUACUUGCAAGAUAUCGGGGAUUACUGGUACAGAUAG